AAAACUGGAGACUUUAUAUCCGGAUGCUAUCACUAUGCUGGUUGACGGAUAUAAGUAUUGCAAAGAAAUGGGAAACAAUGAAGAAACUAGAUGGGUUUGCUCUGCAAGUAAGACCUACAAUUGUCCAGCCACCAUCACCGCAAGCAACUGUGUUCUGAAGCUCAAUAAGAAGCACAACCACCCUAGAGACAACGAAGAUACGGUCGCGAGCGUCACCGAGCCAGAAACGACGCCCCCUAUAAAAAAAAUUAUAUCAGUUCAAGGUGAAGCGUACUUCGUACCAUCUCGCCAAGGGAGGCAGGUGCUCAUCGUGAACGGCCAUAGAUUCCACAAGCACAAGGACGAGGCUGACGGGAGGGUUUUAUGGAGGUGUGGCAAGAGGAACUCGGGGUGCACUGCUUGUGCGAUCACCAUGGCCAACGUAGUCAUCAGGGUGGAUGAGUGGAAACACAACCAUGGCUUGGUCUGCGAUGCUCGGCGAAAAAUCCUGCCGUAGACGUAGUCUUUGGUUCGGGACAGGGAAUUCAUAUUCAACCGGAGUAACGGUUAUUAUACAAGGUGUAUUUGUCUCCAAUCAUUUCGUAGCAGAAUCUUUUACGUAGUUUCUAAAUGAAUCUGACGUAGUUAAAUUACAUUCUAACAUAACCUAACCCACUGUUAGUUUACAAUCUAACGCGUUAUAUUAUAAACUGACAGAGUUCACAAUUUCACGUUGACACAUAUAUUACCUACAACUAACUAGUCCACAUUCUAUGCAUAAUACUUACAACUAGUCCACAGAACUUGUAGAAGUUAUGUAGUCAAUUUAGCAGGUGAUUAGAAUGGUUCCUCUGUCUGUUGCUUAUUGUUUAAAAAUGUUAUUCUUGUUUCGUGAUACUUACUUGGUGGUGUUUUUGAUUGUAGUUCAAAAUAGGUUUUGACUUACAACUAACUAUAGUACGACCGCUUAAAUAAGACCUCGCCUGCGGAACGUUUAACGUUAACCACUUCACUGUGACGUCAUAUAAUAUCUUGAGAACUAUCUAGUGAACUUUUUGAUUUUAUCUCAUGUCUAACGACCCCGCCCGCUUCUUCUGAUAUGUGACGUCACAGUGAAGUAGUUAACGGUAAACGUUUCGCAGGCGAGGACUCAUUUAAACGGUCGUACUUUAAACUUUUUAAUCAAUUUUUCUGCUAAAGUAAUUGGCCAAAACGAAAUGUAUUAUACGGAAUUACGGAUCCUUAAAAACUUUUAACUGUAUUAUUUUUCAAGGUAUUUUUUGAGUAGAGACGGUGAUAUUGCUUUGAAUUGUUUGGCUCGUUACUGGCUCAAUUUCAGUUUUCUUUGAUAUUUAUUAAGCUUAUGAGUUACUUUAUUGGUAAUUUAACGUUAUUAUAGUUAACAACUCCUAACUUUAAUAAAAAAAGGUAUUUGGACAUUUUUUUCAAAUCAGUGUUUUUUAGGGUACCGUA